GCCAGAAGCAGGGAGCUGGAUGGGAAGAGGAGUAGCCAGGAUGCGAGCCGGCUCCCAUAUGGGACGGUGGUGCUUGUAGGGGGAGCAUGAGCCAGUUGAGCCAUCGUGCUGGGCACCAGCUCUCUCCUGGUUGGCCCACACUGACGUUUGGCUCUCAGGGCAGUGAUGGGCUUGGUUGUCCUGGCUCGCCGUGCUCUGUGUGGUGCCUGAAGCACUCAGGACACGGGUGCUGGAGUUGCCUGCUCUGCACAGAGCGUGCUCAGUGCUCAGUCGGGUCCAUGUGGCAGGUUGAAGCUCAUGUGGUUAUUUGCCUGUGGACGCUUGCCCCGACCACCCUGCCUCCCCUCCCUGGGGUCUUCUGGAGGGUUGUGUCCUGUGUGUUUCUCUCCUUUGAGGGGCACUGGCCCUGGCUGGGCUUUUGAGACAGCAGCAGGCGUGGAGAGUGCGGGGCUGGGUCUGGCCCGGCCCCUGACCACGGGUUGCUCGCCCAUUGCAGAGCCCAAGGUGGUGUUUGCCAAGGAGCAGGCGGCGCACAGCGAGGUGAAGACCGAGGCGGGGGCCAGCGCCACACUGAGCUGCGAGGUGGCCCAGGCGCAGACGCAGGUGGCGUGGUGCAAGGAUGGGAAGAAGCUGAGCUCGAGCUCUAGGGUGCGCGUGGAGGCCGCGGGCUGCACGCGGCGACUGGUGGUGCAGCAGGCGGGCACGGCGGACGCCGGGGAGUACAGCUGCGAGGCCGGGGGCCAGAGGGUCUCCUUCCGCCUGGACGUGGCAGCAGAGCCCAAGGUGGUGUUUGCCAAGGAGCAGGCGGCGCACAGCGAGGUGAAGACCGAGGCGGGGGCCAGCGCCACACUGAGCUGCGAGGUGGCCCAGGCGCAGACGCAGGUGGCGUGGUGCAAGGAUGGGAAGAAGCUGAGCUCGAGCUCUAGGGUGCGCGUGGAGGCCGCGGGCUGCACGCGGCGACUGGUGGUGCAGCAGGCGGGCACGGCGGACGCCGGGGAGUACAGCUGCGAGGCCGGGGGCCAGAGGGUCUCCUUCCGCCUGGACGUGGCAGCAGAGCCCAAGGUGGUGUUUGCCAAGGAGCAGGCGGCGCACAGCGAGGUGAAGACCGAGGCGGGGGCCAGCGCCACACUGAGCUGCGAGGUGGCCCAGGCGCAGACGCAGGUGGCGUGGUGCAAGGAUGGGAAGAAGCUGAGCUCGAGCUCUAGGGUGCGCGUGGAGGCCGCGGGCUGCACGCGGCGACUGGUGGUGCAGCAGGCGGGCACGGCGGACGCCGGGGAGUACAGCUGCGAGGCCGGGGGCCAGAGGGUCUCCUUCCGCCUGGACGUGGCAGAGCCCAAGGUGGUGUUUGCCAAGGAGCAGGCGGCGCACAGCGAGGUGAAGACCGAGGCGGGGGCCAGCGCCACACUGAGCUGCGAGGUGGCCCAGGCGCAGACGCAGGUGGCGUGGUGCAAGGAUGGGAAGAAGCUGAGCUCGAGCUCUAGGGUGCGCGUGGAGGCCGCGGGCUGCACGCGGCGACUGGUGGUGCAGCAGGCGGGCACGGCGGACGCCGGGGAGUACAGCUGCGAGGCCGGGGGCCAGAGGGUCUCCUUCCGCCUGGACGUGGCAGCAGAGCCCAAGGUGGUGUUUGCCAAGGAGCAGGCGGCGCACAGCGAGGUGAAGACCGAGGCGGGGGCCAGCGCCACACUGAGCUGCGAGGUGGCCCAGGCGCAGACGCAGGUGGCGUGGUGCAAGGAUGGGAAGAAGCUGAGCUCGAGCUCUAGGGUGCGCGUGGAGGCCGCGGGCUGCACGCGGCGACUGGUGGUGCAGCAGGCGGGCACGGCGGACGCCGGGGAGUACAGCUGCGAGGCCGGGGGCCAGAGGGUCUCCUUCCGCCUGGACGUGGCAGCAGAGCCCAAGGUGGUGUUUGCCAAGGAGCAGGCGGCGCACAGCGAGGUGAAGACCGAGGCGGGGGCCAGCGCCACACUGAGCUGCGAGGUGGCCCAGGCGCAGACGCAGGUGGCGUGGUGCAAGGAUGGGAAGAAGCUGAGCUCGAGCUCUAGGGUGCGCGUGGAGGCCGCGGGCUGCACGCGGCGACUGGUGGUGCAGCAGGCGGGCACGGCGGACGCCGGGGAGUACAGCUGCGAGGCCGGGGGCCAGAGGGUCUCCUUCCGCCUGGACGUGGCAGCAGAGCCCAAGGUGGUGUUUGCCAAGGAGCAGGCGGCGCACAGCGAGGUGAAGACCGAGGCGGGGGCCAGCGCCACACUGAGCUGCGAGGUGGCCCAGGCGCAGACGCAGGUGGCGUGGUGCAAGGAUGGGAAGAAGCUGAGCUCGAGCUCUAGGGUGCGCGUGGAGGCCGCGGGCUGCACGCGGCGACUGGUGGUGCAGCAGGCGGGCACGGCGGACGCCGGGGAGUACAGCUGCGAGGCCGGGGGCCAGAGGGUCUCCUUCCGCCUGGACGUG